AUGUCAUGGCUACGGGUCUGAAGCACUAGCCAAAGUUUCGCUUUUCUUUUGGUGAACUUCGUGGUUAUGGCGACGUUUUUCGGUGAAGUUCUGUCGGUGUACUCUCGGGCUGUGGAUGAAGAUGAAGAGGAGCUCGACGAAAACGAAGAAGAUAAAGAAAUCCGCAGAGAAUUGGAGGAAAAGAGGGAGGUUCAUCUGCACUGGAGCCCUGAAGUCUCUGAGUCGCUGAAAUCCGGAAACAAGUUGCAGUGUUCAGACUUCAUCCUCGCAGUGGGACACAACGCUGCCAGGUUUCUCUCUGUGUACGUUCUCACAUCUGAAAACUGGGACGCAGUGGGACAUGCAUCCAUGUGGAACGAGAGGAGCCGGGCUGUAACUGGGAUAACCAGCGAGGAGUCGGAGUGUGUUUUCUACAGACACAAAGACAACCGAUCCGUUUUGAUAUGCCAAGUGACAUGCUACAUUGCAGAAGACCAGCAAUUUCAGUGGACAGAAAAGGUUUUUGACUGUCUGCAGCACAGACAGCUGAAUGUGACGGUGCUGUCAGAUAGCUCUGUGGCUGAGUACAAGACAGCAGACUAUCUGUGCUGUAGCUCUGCUCCCUUCCUGCGCUCUCUCCACACCGCCGCCUUCAGUGGUCAGCCUGUCUGCCAGUCACUGGAGCAACCCAACAUAGUUACUGGUCUUCCAGCUGCAGUGCUGAACCACAGCGAGGUCCACCGCAUCCCCGCUGUUGUUUACCAGUGUUACAGUGAUGUCAUCGGCCCCGACUCUGUCACAAUGGAGACCUACAAGCCUGCACUAACCAAUCUUGGCAAGUCCAUACAGUUGGACCCGUCUCCGAGCAAAGACGUCCUCCGCAAGUUUGUCAGAACCACCAACAUUCAGAGUAACCUUUAUAUCUGAAAAUGUCAAUGUUGCGCACUGUGCAGUACAAUUUCAUUGUAUUUUCCUGUUGUAAAAUACUGUCAUUUUUUUAAAUAAAGACAUAAAAAAAACAACUUUGCAGAAUGGUUAGGGGUUAAGUUUCCUACAAUAUAAUCUUUUGUCCCAUAAGACCUUUUAGAGUGACCUACAUUCAGAACAUCCUGCCUCUGGAGAUUUAAAUUGUUGCCUGUUACUGUCAAGGACAUUCAGAAGGCAGAUCAGGAUAUAAAUAGAAAGCAUUUUAUCUGUAUACAUACUUUAUAUUUGAAUUGCCUCCCACUGAUCUCCAGUCAGCUGUGCAUACAGUGAUGGUGUAGUGCCAACAACGAAUCCAGAGGAGGAGACUAAAGUGGAAACAAUGCAAUGUGACUUUGAAGAGUUGCAGAAACAGCUCAGAGCCUUAGAGAAUACAGCCAUUUGUCAUACCCAUUCAGCUGACUCUGGGGGUUCUUAACAAUCUUUUGAGUCUUCUUUUGGAGUUAUUGCAGGUUUGCAUUGCCACAGUUUCAGGCUGUCCAUGCCAGGUUUCAAACAGUCUUGGAAGUGCUUAAUUUGAACUGUUAUGGUUUUAAGGUUAGGAAUAUGCUUUCAAUAUACUGUAUUAAAAAAUAAUUGAUUUCAACAAAAGGUGUCAUCUGCACAUCAUCGAUUAUGUUAACCCAAAAUCUUUUGAUACUUGAAAUUAAACAAUCUGUGUGUGACUUCUGGGAAUCUGGAGAGUUUUGAUUUAGGUACUUUGAAAGUGCUUUAAUGGAAGUAAAUUUGACUCUGAUAAAUAUAUAAAUAAAU